ACCUAAUACGGGACACUCUUCCAGGUGCGUUCACAAGUGCAAGUGCAUCAUGUCAGCGGCCGAGCGAUACAACAUUCACAGCCAGCUCGAGCAUCUGCAGUCGAAAUAUGUAGGAACAGGCCACGCAGAUACAACGAGAUACGAGUGGGUCGUCAAUCAGCACCGAGACAGCAUCGCCUCGUACAUCGGGCACGACAACCUGCUCAGCUACUUCGGCGUCGUCGAGAACGAGACGAAAGCGCGCGUCAAGUUCAACCUACUGCAGAAGCUUCUACAGCCGUGUGGACCGCCGCCACCGAAGCGAGAAGACUUAUAAAUUACACACACACAAUAUACACUAGUUUUUUCCUAACUUCGAGCUCUAUUCGUGUCGAUUCGUACGAUUCUUUGAUUCACGUCCGCUCACUUGCGGUCAU